GUAUUAAAGCUCGUUGUGGUCGAACAGUAACAAUAUUUAAUCAUAUUAGAGACAAACAGUUAGCCAACUGAGCUAACUUCCUUUGCUUUGAAUUAGCUCUCGAAACUGGACAUUUAUAACUGAAAAUGAGCAUUUUUCAAUAAAUAUCGCUUCGUGUGGUCGCCGAGUUGAAGAAUGCCUCCUACAAAUGCAGUAAACUUCUAAAAUAGAAAGCUGACUCUGUCACAUAUCUGCUUAUAAGCAAGGAAACUUUAGAAUCGAAGGAAUUGUAAAUGGAGUUUGGUGUGAUCUCGUAUCGUUACCAACUUCUUAUGGUUUGAAUUAACGCUAGCAAAUCUCCGUUCAGAAAGAUAACAUUUAGUAAAUACAGCAGACAAACAAACAAACAAACAAACAAACAACAGCCUGUCUUUUUCUGGCUGUUUUCACUGUUUGCCUGAACCCAUCACAAUGCAGCGACGUCAACACGAACUGGACUCUACUUUAAGAAUCUCAUUACAGAUCAGCCGAGAGCAGCCCGGUAACCCGCAGGAGCUGCCACUGCGGUCUCCCUCCUGCAAGGGGCUCAUUAUGCGGCCGGGACGGCGUCUGUAGCGCGGCUUUAACACAUCUCAGUCCAGCCUUUGGAGGCGCAUUCUUCGGAGCGUGUCCGGGCCACGAUGGAGGCCCCUGGAGCUCCUGCUGAGGUCCUCCUGCAGCAUCCCUGGCUCCCUGUGAGCAUCAGCGGCUGCCAGCUCCUAACCAAGAGCUGGUUUGGGGAAACAGCGUACCACAUCCUGCUGACAGACAUUCACUGUGUGUGGGAGGAGAGGAUGGACUCAGCUGCCAUCCAGCAGAGAGCGCAGGAGCUGAACAGACGUUUGCGAGCCCCCGUCAAAGCGUUCUUCUCCCACCUGUGCGAGGUGGUUCGGCCCUGUCUGUCAGGAAGUGACGGGGGAGCCGGCGGCGAGGCCCAGGUGUCCCUGACGCGACAGGAGGGCGGCAACAUCAGCAUGAAGCUGAAGAGUGAGCUGGCAGGGCUGCCCUUCUACUGGGAGUUCGACUGCACCCCCGCACCCGUCACUGUGGCGUGUGUUCAGCUGGUGCGCCCCCUGCUGGCCAUGAGCCACCUGCUGCAGCGCCAGGUGGAGCAGCUCGGAGGUCUGCUGGCGAGGAAGGACGCCGAGAUCCAGGACUACAGAGAGAAUGGAGCCACACUCAGCAGAGAGCGGCUGCAGACGGACGUUUUUGAGGAGCGAACCUACAAAGAGGACUUCAUGUCAAAGGCCCUUCCUCUGCUGUGUUCUGACCAGCAGGACGCUCUGGGCUUUGAUGUCGACCUCCAACACCUCUACGCUGCCAUCGUCGCCCACGGAAAUGCGUGCACGCGGAAACGGAAGCUGUCUGAGGAGGACCAGCUGCCCACUGAAGAACCAGACCUCACCUCGUCUCUGGGUGGAUCUCACAGCAGUGAAGCAGCUGAGGACGGAGAGCAGAGCCGGGACGCAGCUGGAGCCAAGAUGGUCGACAGACCCACAGUACAGCAGUCUCUUCCGGUCACGUCCGAACCUGCAGAGCGACCGUCCUCCAAACCAAAGAAGAAGAAAGUGGUCGGACUGUUCAGAUGAGCCCGUGCAGUAGGACGCACACACAGACCAUAAUUAACAACUCCAUUAGAAAUGCUUUAUUUCCCCUUUUGAUGGAAAAUUACCUUUAAAACCAUUUCUUGUUUUUAAACUUUUAUUUUGAAGGACACUAUUAUAGAUGUGGUUUUAAUUCGAUUUGUUCAUACGCAGUCUUUUAUAUUGAAAAUGUAAUUAAAUAAGUUUUAAAUCAAUUUAGUGAAAUAAAGUAUUUUUAGAGAGGUUUAUUAAAAAUGUAAAUAUAAUUUUGAUGGCUUUUUUUGUCUGUUAUUAACAAAAUCAACUACAGGAAGUUAAUUUUAAGCAUAAAACAGCCACAUUUAAACAUUUAUUUUACUUUCUUUAACACAGUAAAAAUAUCUUUCAUUCAAAUGUAGUCAAGAAAAUAAUGUUUUCUCUUUGUUUGCAAGCAUCCGGAUCUUUUUAUUGAUAUCUCUUUGUUUUAAAACCAUAAAAUCAUCCGUGUUUGUGUCUAAAGAUUCGCUUUGAAGUCAUUUCUUCCUGCGUUUGGGUAAACGGAGGGAGCAUAACGAGCUGACAGCGGUCGAUAGGGCCCUUUUCGGAGCACAGUGAGAUGUUGACUCAAGGUGUUGCCGCAUCUCGGGAAUGCUAUUGAAGUUUUAGUUGAAAAGUCACUGUUUGACUGCAGGAUUUCAAGAGUUUCUGUGUGACAACCAUUUCUGAAAAGUGGCUUCAUGUUAACUGGAAACGGAGAGAAUUUGUUAUUAUUUACUCAUUUGAGUCACCGGUCCUACUAAAUUCCAGGUAAUGUUUCCCAUGAAAGAAGUUGAUUUGGUUACCAUGAACACUUUGUCUGUUUGUGAGAAUAUGUUGCUUUUCUUGCUCUUAUUUUACUGAUAUUUUGGGGGUUUCGGACCAUUUGUUGCACAAAACAAGACAUUGGAUGGCGUCACUUUGUGCUGUAGGAGACGUUUUUCACUGAUCUCUGAUGUUGAAAUGAAAAUUGUUAUUUUUUUCAUCCCUAAGUGCUGCAUUAAAUACACUUUUCAUCCUCCUUUGAUA